AUGGGGGAGCUGAGGCUUACAAGCAUCCCUGCACGGCCAGGAAGAGGGCAAGCACAGCAGGAGGGAGAGGACGAGGACGAGGACCACAGGCCAGAUGACGAGGACGAGGAAGAUGAGGACGAGGUGGAAGAGGAGGACAAAGCUCCUCUCCAGAGUGGGCGCUCGAGGAUGCUGCUGUGGUGCUAUACCUGCCAGUCCCUGUCCAGGGACGAGCACUGCAACCUGACGCGGAGCUGCUCACAUGGCCAGGCCUGCACAACCCUCAUUGCCCACGGGAACACCGAGUCAGGCCUCCUGACCACCCACUCUGCAUGGUGUACAGACAACUGCCAGCCCAUCACCAAGACGGUCGAGGGGACCCAGGUGACCACAACCUGCUGCCAGUUCAACCUGUGCAAUGUCCCACCCUGGCAGAGCUCCCGAGUCCAGGACCCACCAGGCAAGGGGGCAGGCGGCCCCCGGGGCAGCUGCGAAACUGCAGGCACAGCCCUCCUGCUCAACCUCCUCGCUGGCCUUGGAGCAAUGGGGGCCGGGAGACCCUGACCCACGGCCCCUCCCCACCCCCACCCAACUCACCCCUCGCCCUGCCAGCACUCUGUCUGGUACCUUCCCCUCCUGCCCCUGCACCAGCUUUGGAGAAUGAAUUUGGAGUGUCUUGGGCGAUCCAGCCAGCACAGCCCCGCCGGCCCGGUUGCUUCCUCAGUUCCCGGCUUUGCCCUUGGUUUCCUCACCCCACCACCUGUGAGUGGCAGGACUGCAGCACGUGGGCGCUGGGUCCAGACCUUGGCCACCACGCCCCAGGGCCUGCAACCCUCAUGGGGGUUGGGGAUCCCCACCAGCACAGCCAGGCAGAGAUGAUACCCACCACAUGCCUGGGGGCCCCCACACCCAAUCCUCACCCUUAACUUCUGCCACAGGAAUUCCUCCAUCUGCAGCGGUCACACCGGCCCGCCCUGCCUUUCCCCAGGUCAGCCUCCCGGCUGUCUGGAGGGAAGAGGCCUUGGAGGGAGGCUAUAGUCACCCCUAGGAAAGACGGGCCUGGGGGAGGCAGGAUAGUAGGGGAGGCGGGCUGAGGAUGAGAGGGCACAGGGAGGCGGGUCGGGGUGAGGCCACACGCGGAGGGGCAGUGCGGGGCUGGGGGGACAGGCACCAAGUAUGGAGAGGAUGGGGCCAGCGGAGCCUGUCUGGCUAUGGCAUGAGCACCGCCAUGGGAGACCCUGGCUUGGAAAGUUACCUUGCAGCCUUGGAUGGGGAAGGGCCGGAUGCUGGGUGGGUGCCUGUCACCUUGAAGUGACCAUCAAGGGUCAGUACCUACUGGGCUUAGGACAGCACCUGAGGCUGGGAAUACCUGUCUCUGCUCUAGCAGAGGCUGGAGCAGGCUAGAGCAGUGGAGGAGUGGAAUUGAUGAAAGGAGAGGAGUAGAUGAGAUGAAAUUUUUCCAGCCUCAUCCUUGCCUGCCCUCUAGACUCCAGUCCCCAGGCCCUCAGCCUGGUGGGUGUCAUGGAGGAGUCUGGGGGUGUCAGACAGGCUACCCUGUGCUAGGGAGGGGGCAAAAUGGGCCUUCAGCUUCCUGCAGAAGCAGCAGGACUGGGUAGCAGAGCCGGGAAGGUGGGCGGCUCAUUAUGGGGGGGGUCCCCAGGGUCCUCUGGCAGGGCUGGUGACUGCUCCAAGUCCUGGCUUCACCAGCAGCUGGUGCCAGGACAGAGCUCUGGGACAGCAGGCAGAGGCCCAGCCUGGGCUACAGCUCAGCCACUGACUUGGGUAUCAGUUUCCCCUUCUGAGAAGUACAGUGAGACUUAAAGAACCCCUAAUCCCCACCAGUUCAACACUCCACGAACCGGGACUCAACGAACACCACUCGAUGAACCGGGAAGCCCAGAGUCCUGUCCUGCCUGCCGAGCUCAUCCCGGCGGGCAGUGGGAGGCCUCCGCUAACUGUUCUCUCCUUUUCCUUAGUAAGGAAACCCACAAUGCCUAGCUGGGGGUCGGAAGGUAAAUGCCCUAGAUGGUGAGGUCACGUCUUUCUCCUUCCCCUUCCUCCUUCCUGCUGGCUGAAGUGGUGACUGGAGCUCAGCAACCACUUUGCACCAUGAGGCAGCACUGAGCACGGCAGGGCAGCGUGAUGAGAGGGGCCUGGCUUGCUGCUGACAGAAGGCACUGCCUACCUCGGGGUGCCCUUACCUGGGAGGGAAAUAAAUGUCUGCUGUGUUGAAGCUAGUUAUUUG